GCGAGUUUGUAGCGAGCCAAUCGGAUCCUUCUGUCGCUGGGUUUUCACGUCGUCGGAGACGAGCCGUUGUGUUUUGGUCCCGUGCAAAUGUAGCUUCUGGUUGGCUUUGGGAUAAAAGGCAAACAUAGGAGGGAGUCUUGUUUCCUAAUUGUUCUGCAAGCCACGCCGUGUCAUCAUCAGUUCCUCCCGACGUUACCAGGUGAGCGAGGAGCCCAGCAGCGCGUCCGGUGCGUCAUAUGUGCGUUUACACGGAAAGUUGUGUGGCACGCGUGACAUAAUUUAAAAGGAAGAAGGAAGAAGAUCCAGCGGAAUAGUCCCAGAUGUAGUCGCUCGUCAGACCGCAGCCAUGUCCAUUGAGUACACCAUUGAUAUCCAGCUGACGGAGUUGGGAUAUCCGGACAUCCUCCAGACCUCGUUCAGAGACGCACCCUAUCGCCCCACAUCACCUGAUGACUCAUUCUCGCCCAGUUGUGCUCCCACGUCACUCUCGACCACACAGGUACAAAGGCUGCUGGUCAGAGGCCAGCAGCCGGUUGCUGGUAAAGAUGCCGGUGCUGCAAAACAGACCACGGUGGUUCCCGCAGCUCCUCUGACGGACAGUUGUACAACACGAAUCCCCGCACACGGUCCACGAGCUGUCAAAGCCGUUCCGUCUCUCGAGUCCACGGCUGCUGGUCCAGAAGCCACAGACCUUCCACCGCUGGUCACUGGGCAGGGUGACGACGGCAAGGAAGAUGCUGAUGUCAGCGUCGCUGCACGAGAGAAAUCGCCAGAGAUGCAGCACCCGGAGGAUGUCUCCGACGACAGUGAGGUUUCAGAAAUGUAUGAGGAGGAGGAGGACGAGGAGGAGGAGGAGGAUGAUGAUGAGGAGGUGGAAGCGGAGAGACUAAACGAUGAGUCGAGUCAGUCCGCCGGCUACCGCUGCAGCGUCUGUAAUCUGCAGCUGUCCUCCGAAUUCAAGCUCCAGGACCACAUGAAUCUGCACACUGGUGCGCGGCCUUACUCCUGUGCUGAAUGUGGGAAGCGCUUCUGCCAAAUUUACAGCUACCGCAUCCACCUGCGCACGCACGCCCGGACCAAAGUGGAUCUUUGCCGGUGCCGCGUGUGCCUGCUGGACUUUAUGUCGCACAAGGAUUUGAGAGUCCACCUGUCGAGAACUCACUUUGAGAACGAGUUCUACGAGUGCGACCUGUGCAAACGCGUCUUCACCUCCCUGAGGGCGUGCGAAUAUCACGUGCGGUUCCCCAAAUGCCAGCUGGAUGUCCUCUGUGAGAUGUGUGGCCGCAGUUUCUCCACUCCAAAAUCUCUGGCGCGCCACCGGAAGUCGACGUGCCAUCGCAGUUUCAAAUGCACCGACUGCACAAAGAGCUUUCCCAAGAAGAACGCUCUCCUGAAACACAGCUUCUCCCAUCUGGGCUUGCUGCCGUACACUUGCGUCCGCUGCCGCUGCCACUACCGCCUGGCAAAGCUGUACCGCAAACACAAGUGUGAACCCGAACGCAUUCACUGUGUGGCGUGUCUGAGAGUGUUUGUCAGCCAGGAGGACUUCAAGAGGCACAAAAAGGACACCGGUUGCUGGGGCAACCAGGAGUCUAAAGGGGACGAGAUCAGAUGUUUGGAGUGCGGACAACAAUUUGACACGACGGAAGAGCUAAAGAAACACGCCGGGGCUCACCAGAGGGUGCUGAAAUGUGCCGACUGCGGGAAGGGCUUCCGGUCGGCCUUGCUGUUAAUGUCCCACAUGGGGGGUCAUGCCGGCAUCUCGCCCUGCCUUUGUCAGAGCUGCGGACUGGGCUUUCCCCACCAGCAGAACUACGACAGCCACCUCAAGACCUGCGGGAAAACAUCCCAGCCUGCGAGUGCGCCCAAGAAACGUCCGGCCUCCAAGAGCUCCUCGUCUGAGACGAAGAAGGUCGAUGCAAAACCAGACUCCUCGCUUCCAGCGGCCUCCAUGCCGGCUGCUGUCCUACCAAACCCCGCUGCUCCCUUGAAGGAUUCUCGCAGUCCAGGACUCGUCACAGGGGGGGUCUCCGCUGGCUCCGGCCAAUCGGACGCCGGCUUAUGGAAGCUAACCCUCAACGAACAGCCGCCCCCGGGUGUCAAUCUUGUUGUGUUUCUCCCCAUCGGUACGACUCAAACCGACGGCCUGACACCCACCUCGGGAGGCUCUCCGACGCUUCCCGCUACGCGGGGCCAGCCGAACGAGGCUCCCCCGCCGUUCUCAAACGAUCACCUCGGAGCGAAUGCUGCUUGGAAUGCUGUUCGGAAUGCUGCUCAGAAUGCUGCUCAGAAUGCUGCUCUCGGAGCGAUGGCAAAUGGCCCCCUGAAUUUGGUAGCUGGGAUCAAACAGGAUCCAAAGUGGGAAGCACCUCUAGAUUUGUCCAAUAAGUGUAAUUUUUCAAUGUCAACUGUCAGCAAUAUUCCUCUUCCUCAUAUUAAAAGUGAGCUAGGAGAAUUUAAAAUCUCAGGAGAGGCUCGCGGCACUGAAAGACGAGAUUUAAAAAACAUCGAUAGCAAAGUAGUUGUUAAAACGAAUCUUGGAGAAACGGAUAGAAUUACUGAAGGGAAGCAAUUUGAAGUGGAUCCCAUGGACCUCUCCGGUCGUACUGUUAACACAACGUCCCCUGGACUGAUUGUAGAUCUAAAGAAAGAGCCUCCGUCCUGCCAGCCGACGGAGGUAGGAAUUAAGAUGGAGGUCGACAGUGCUAAAAAAAAAUAAAAGAUAAUAUUCUCAGACUGUAAAAAAAAGAAAAUGAGAAUAAUAACAUCGGUAGUCACAGUCGUUACAGGAGGUUGUGUCUGAAUACUGUAAAGUACACACACACACACACACUACAUAAACAUAUGUGUAAUCCUACAGCCAGAACGGUAUAGUAUUCAGAAUUGUAUACAUUUCUUGCAUACUUAGAUCUACCAUCACUCCCUUGUAUGACAAAGCAGAUUGUUCUACUUGUUCCACUGUUAUCUUUCUACUCUUGGAAGAAAUUGAAAUCUAGGUAUUUCCACGAGCCGACUGUAUGACCUUUUGGUUUAGAAUAAUAAUACUAUUGUUUCCUGUGUGAUUUGAACAAAACAUUCCAAGCGAUUGCUUUUCAUGGCCUUUUCUUUUCAUUCCGGGUAAAGCUUGCGGCAUGGGUCACCGGAGCAGAGGGGGACUGUAACCGUCAUGCAGCCUAUGCAAUAGCGUGCAGGAUUUCCAGAUUUCUACCUUAUAUGUUUUGUGUGGGAAAAUUAAAUCCCAUAGGUUUAUUAACGUGUAAUAAGUUAAAUGAAAACACUGGAUUUUUGUUUGUUUGUAUUCAGCUGAGAACUUGAAAUAUUUUUUCUGUUAAACUUUCCCUUUAGUACUUUAAAAAAAUAUAUUUAAUGAAUACAAAUGUUGGUAGUUAUGGUACAAAAAUAUGACAUUCUGUCACUUUGUGAUUUACAUUUGCUGAAUCUUGUCACUUCAGAUAUCUUUUGAUGUAAGAAAAAAAAGGCAAAUAAACAAUUUUCCAUGUUGCAAUACCA